AUGCUGCAACCCCUAACCCGAACCGCUACCCUCUCAUGGAGAAAGGGCUUCGGUUCGGUCUCCAUGAAAACUGCUGCACCGAUAGUAUGGUCCAGGGGAUUAUCGUCCACCGCCCCUGCUUCCAAGAAAGCAGCCACGCUGCUUCAAGAUAAGUCCAACGGAUUUGGAUUUGCUCGGUCAAACCCCCGUCCCAAGAAGCCAAGGACGAAGGGAGUUACCGAGAUCAGAGGACCGUACUAUACGGUGAUGGGUAAGAGAUACCUCGCCGAUGUUCUCGAGACAAUGGGGACGCAUGUAGAUGGACUCAAGUUUGCCGGAGGCUCUUUCUCUCUUUUUCCAGAAAAGCCGUUGAGGGAAUUGAUCGACCUCGCACAUGAACACAGUGUUUAUGUCUCGACUGUGGGUACCAACUGGAUACCUCACGAAAUGGACCCUCUAACCAGUUUCCAGGGCGGGUGGGCCGAGCAUCUCCUCACACAUCCAGACCCAAACUCAGUCUUUGACAAAUAUCUCACAAAGUGCAAAGAUUUAGGAUUCGACGUUAUCGAGCUCUCUUCUGGGUUUCUCUCCAUUCCCGAGGACGACUGGCUACGCCUCGUCGACAAGGUCCAUUCUUACGGACUCAAAGCAAAGCCGGAGCUAGGUAUUCAGUUCGGAGCAGGCGGUGAUACCUCAGCGGCUAGCCUCGAGUCACUCGGUACUUCCGAUCCUGGAAAACUCGUAAACUUGGGGCAGAAAUUUUUAGACGCAGGCGUUGAGCGUCUGAUGAUCGAAUCAGAAGGCAUCACCGAGAAUGUCAAGUCAUGGAGAACAGACGUGGUGUCGAAGAUCAUGAAGGAGCUUCCGGCUGAACGGGUCAUGUUCGAAGCAGCAGAUCCCCAAGUCUACACUUGGUAUAUCAGGGAGUUUGGCAUCGAUGUCAACCUGUUCGUCGACCAUAGCCAGAUUGUUCAACUUUCGGGUUUGCGCCACGGCAUCUGGGGUACUGCAGAUACGUUUGGACGGCUUGUGUCUUUCCGUCCGGAGUAA